GCGCUGCUCCAAUUUACUUUUUCUGCUAGUAGGAGCAAGGCAAGCGCAAGCAACUAAGAAUAGAAGCAACUACUUUUGUAGUUCGCCCGAGGACGAGUCCUAACUUGUCCAUAUCCCAGGCAGAAGUACUAGCUCAGAGCUCUACUCCUGCGCAACACAAGAAAAAUGGACCCACAGCUCCAGGAGUACCGGCAGCGCAUGGCGGCGCGUAACAAGGAAAAAACAGCCUCCUCCGCACCAUCCAGCAGUCUAUCAACACCAACAAGUACUACGGCGCCGAGAACUACUACACCUAACUACACAGAGGACCACGACCAGCCGGUCGACUUCUUCCAGUCUGUUUACACCGUCUGCCUCCCCCGGGUUUCCUUUCAGGCGACGGGAAUCGGCUCCACGGCUUCUGCUAGUGCCGCGACGACGUCUGAAGAUUCAAACGCCUACUACGAAAUCUCCCUCCCCGUUUGGCAGUGGGCAAGUUUGCUCCUGGCCGUUCUCUUCGUGUACGUGAACGUCGGCAUUGGGAUGCUGCUCAUUAUUCUGGUCCAGUUCGCGUUGCUGUUCCUCAUCUGGAGUUUGAUCGACGUGAGGACACAGCGGAAGAUUAAGGAGUUUAUCUUCGAUACGAAAAUCGGGGUUAACAGAGAAAAUGUGAACGGGAGUCUGAAACUCGACGUGCUAAAGCCAAACGAAGUUGGCAUGGCUGCUGGGGGAGCUGCACGCGACAACGUAAACACGACCAUUCUGGUCCCCGCCCUGCCUGUUUACCAGUUGGGCUUGGGAAUUCUGGUGUGCUGCUUCUUUUUCGGCGCCGGUGUGAUUGGAUGGGUGAUCGCAGGUGUCGUGUACCAAAUGUUCAAAUGUUGUGUCGUUUGGGUCGCUGGAAGUGCUGGGGGACAGCACUUCUUUGUCAUGCAUUUUUUGUGCUGGGCACAUUGUCCGCGAGUGGUAUUUGCUGACUCGGGCGCUCAAGAUGCAAUAUAUCACGCUUCGUGUGAUCAUUCAGAGUUAGUAUUCAGUAGAACUCUAGUACUUCCAGACCCAGACACUACAUUUGGACUGUUGCAUAUUGCGGGGUACUACGCAUAUCUGAAUCGCGAGAAGAUAAGAGACUGGUGGGAUUCUGUGACAAAUCAGGGCAGGUAGAUAAAAACAGCAGAUUGCCCAAAGUAGAUGGCGGAUGUGUCAGCUCGUUAAAAGCAUUAAAGUCAAACAGUACGUAUUUUGUCAGCUUUUGACCUCAUCCAUUUCGAUUUCCAUGCAUUUGGAUCAUGUGAAGAGAAAAAGAAACCGAUAAAAC